AUGGACGACUCCUCACCUACCUCAGGAAGGCUUUUUAAUGGAUCCAUUAGUACAAUUGCGUUCUAUACUCCAGCAAGGCAUCGUAAGGUAAUGGCUUUAACUAUAGUGACACUUCAAUUUCACUAUGGGGGCUGUUUUGUAUCUAAUCCUACUUUAAGUGAUUUGGAUGAGGAGUUGCUUCAAGCUAGGCAGUCUAAUAUUCAAGAACAAGUUAAAGAAAAGACUGCUAGAGUAAAUCUAGAUGAGAUACCAUCUGGUCCUGUAGGUAUAGAUGCUGGUUUUGAAGACAUUAAUAAGGAGAAGAGGAGGAGAUUUGAAGGCAAUUUGGGUGGUGAUGACCCUUAUUUUGAUAGCUCAGAUCCUGGUAGUGACAUUAGUGAAGAUGAAGGGGAUCCUGUUGAGAAUGAUGAAGUGGUAGAUCCAGCACCUAGGAAGGAAAGUACAAAGAUCUACUUUGAUCCAACUGCUAAAAAGGUUUUAUUUCAACUGUAUAUGGUAUUUUUGAAUCACAUAGAGUUCAGGGAGGCACUGCAAACUUACUCUAUUCAGAAGGGUGUUAAUAUUAAGUUGAAACCUAAUGAGAAGGAAAGGAUAAGGGCAAAGUGUAAUAAAAAAGGUUGUCCUUGGCAUAUUCUUGGAAGUAUUGAUGGUAACACUGGAAAUUUCAGUGUUAAAACAUAUUUUCCUGUCCAUAAGUGUUUUAAAAGAACAAGAAACAAACUGUGUACCCCCAUUUGGAUUAGUAAACAUUACAAGGAGAGGAUUAUGAGUGAGCCUACCAUCAAACUACAUCAGAUUCAGUUUUUGAUACAAAAGCAAUAUGGUUUGUAUGUUAGUAAGACAAGUUGUAGAAAGGCAAAACUGAGAGUUAUGAAUGAACAUAUGGGAGAUUUCAGAGAGGAGUUUGCUAGGUUGUAUGAUUAUGCUGAGCAAUUAAAGACCACAAAUCCUGAAACUACUGUAUCUAUUAGGACAUCCAAGAACACAAUUCCAGGAAAAGAGGUGUUUAUGAGCAUCUAUAUUUGUCUUGGUUCCUUAAAAAUUGGAUGGAAAGAAGGGUGUAGAAGGAUUAUUGGUUUAGAUGGUGCAUUUCUUAAAAGUGUAUGUAAAGGUGAAUUGUUAUCUUGCAUUUCCAAAGAUGGAAAUAAUCAGAUGUACCCUAUAGCAUGGGCAGUAGUUGAUAAAGAAACCAAGGACACAUGGUCUUGAUUUCUCAAGUGCAUCAAACAUGAUUUGGAGCUUACAGAAGGUGAAGGACUAACAGUGAUGUCUGAUAUGCAAAAGGGUCUUCAUCUUGCACUUAUUGAUGUAUUGCCAAAUGCUGAAAUUAGAUGGUGUGCUAGGCAUAUAUGGGCAAACUGGAAGAAAGACUGGAGGGGUGAAGAAAGGAGAAGAAAAUUCUGGCAGGUUGCCAGGGCAUCAUUUGAGGUACUUUUACAGUCCAAACUUGAUGACUUGAGUGAGUUAGGAGUAGGCAUUGUAGAAGCUUUGUUAAAGUAUAACAAAGAAGC